AUGCAACAUGGGAUUAAACGAGUCAAAUUAUCUGAAGAAGCAAAACGAUUAAAAUUACAAAAAGAUCAAAUUAAAAUUGAAAAUUAUCGUCAAUUAACUAAUGAAAUAUUUAAUUUAAGAAAUAAUGGGAAUUAUUCUGAUAAAGCAUUAAUUAAAACUAAUGAAUUAUUAAUUAUAAAUCCGGAAUUUUAUACUAUAUGGAAUUAUCGUCGAGAAAUAUUAAUUAAUAAUUAUUCAAACAAUAAAGAAAUUUAUGAAGAUAUUCUUAAUCAAGAUUUAAAUUUUGUUCUUAUUCAAUUAAAAAAAUUUCCUAAAUGUUAUUGGAUUUGGAAUCAUCGUCGUUGGUUAUUAUUUGAAUUAGUUAAACUUGAUAAAAUUAAUUGGAAUUAUGAAUUUUCAAUUAUUUGUAAAUUAUUAGAUUUAGAUCAAAGAAAUUUUCAUGGUUGGCAUUAUCGAAGAUUUAUAAUUGAAAAUAUGGAAUUACAAUAUGAAAACAAUUUAAUUAAAAAAUUGGAAAUUAAUUUAAAUGAAUUUAAUUAUACAACUUUAAAAAUUGAAAAAGAUUUUCUGAAUUUUUCUGCAUGGCAUAAUCGAAGUAAAUUAAUUCCUAAAAUAUAUAAUUUACUUCAACAACAACAACAACAACAACAACAGAAUCAAAAUGAAAAAAUUGUUGAUAAUUUGCCCGGUAGUAUAGAAUUAUUUAAAGAUCCAAUAUUAUUAUUAAAUAAUGAUUUAGAAAUGAUUAAAACUGGAAUUUAUAUGAGUCCUGAAGAUACUUCAGUUUGGUUAUAUUUAUAUUGGUUAUUAACUGAUGAUCUUUUCAUUAAAGCUUUUAAAUCAUCAAAUGAUUAUAUGAAUAUCUUAAAUGAACAAUUACAAUUAAUUAAUGAAGUUAAUGAAAUGGAAAAAGAAGAUACUGGUAAAGAUAAUAUUGGAUGUUUGAAAACUAUGAUUUUUAUUAAUACAUUAAUUCAAAAACAAAACCAAAACCAAAACCAAAACCAAAACCAAAAUAAUCAAAUAUUAACUGAACAAAUUAAAAAUUAUUUAAUUAAAUUAAUUGAAAUUGAUCCACUUCGGAAAAAUAAAUAUUUACAACAACUUUCUGGUAAAGCUCCAAUUUUCACCAUAGAAAAUGUUUUGAAAAUUGAAAAUAUUUAA